AUGAAUAUUCCUUUAAAGCGCAAAUCUCUCCCACUCUCACACCUAAACAACCUGGACAUGUCGUCCCCUCCAUUUUUUCAUCAUCAUCACCACCACCUUCUUCUUCUUCUUCUUCUUCACACCCACUUUGCUCCCUCCUCUAUCGUUGCCACACAAUCAGCAUUAUUUAUUUCCGUUCAUUUAUCCUAAAACUUAUCUGCUUUUUUCUCUUUUUUUUUUUUUUUUUUUUGUCAUUCGUAGAAUCUCUAAUUACUUUUAGAAAUUUGAGAUCUACGGCAUUUUUUAUGGUAGCAAAAUUAGGGUUUCUUAGUUUGAUAAAUUGAAAUUAGUGGAAAUUAGAGAGAGAAUGUUAGAUUAAGAGAUAGAUAGAAAGAGAGAUUGAUGGGGAACACAUGUGUAGGUCCAAGUCUCGGUGCUAAUGGAUUCUUACAAACUGUUACUGCGGCGGUUUGGAAAACCCGGCCACCGGAAGACCGCCUUCCUCCUCCUCCUCCUCCUCCUCCCACCAAUUCCUCCGAACCCGUACCCGUACCCGAACCCGAAUCCAAAACCGCAGCCGCCGUUGCCGAUACUCCGAAAGCUGCCGAGCCUCCAAUGCGGGUUCAGAGCACACCGCCCGAGCCGGUAAAAAUCAACAACGAACCCGAACCCGAACCCGAGAAGGAGAAGGAAAAAGAAAAGGAAAUAGAAAUAGAAAAAGAAAAAGAAAAACCGGUUGAUAAGCCUGCGGCGGCGGCGGCUCCGGAGAUGGUUCCGUUGGUGACUGCCCCAGCGUUGGCUCCGGUGGUGGCCCCUGCGGCUGACGUGAGGGAGGAGGAGGUGCCGGCGAAGCCGAAGAAGCCGACGCACAUAAAGCGGGUGUCGAGUGCAGGACUGCAGAUAGAUUCCGUGUUGGGUAGGAAAACGGAGAAUUUGAAGGAGAAAUACACAUUGGGGAGGAAGUUAGGACAGGGGCAGUUUGGGAUUACUUUUUUGUGUUUAGAGAAAGGCACCAAUAUCGAGUUCGCUUGCAAAUCCAUUGCGAAGCGAAAAUUGACUUCAGAGGAAGAUGUUGAGGAUGUUAGGAGAGAGAUUCAGAUAAUGCAUCACUUAGCUGGUCACCCCAACGUGAUUCAAAUUCUGGGUGCUUAUGAAGAUGCUGUUGCUGUUCAUGUUGUUAUGGAGCUCUGCGCUGGCGGGGAGCUUUUCGAUAGGAUUAUACAGAAGGGACAUUAUACUGAGAGAAAGGCAGCUGAGCUUGCUAGGAUAAUUGUUGGGGUUGUUGAGGCUUGUCAUUCUUUGGGUGUUAUGCAUAGAGACUUGAAGCCUGAGAAUUUCCUGUUUGUCAAUGAGGAAGAGGAUUCGCCACUUAAGACCAUUGACUUUGGCCUGUCGGUUUUCUUUCGACCAGGUGAAACUUUCACUGAUGUGGUUGGAAGCCCUUAUUAUGUGGCUCCAGAAGUGUUGCGGAAGCAUUAUGGUCCAGAAUGUGAUGUUUGGAGUGCUGGGGUGAUCAUUUACAUCUUGCUAAGUGGUGUCCCUCCAUUCUGGGAUGAAACGGAGCAAGGAAUAUUUGAGCAAGUCCUAAAAGGAGAACUUGACUUUAUAUCAGAACCAUGGCCUAGUAUAUCUGAAAGUGCAAAGGAUCUAGUUCGAAGAAUGCUUGUGAGAGAUCCUAAGAAGCGGAUGACAGCCCAUGAAGCUCUAUGCCACCCCUGGGUUAAGGUUGAUGGUGCUGCUCCUGAUAAGCCUCUUGAUUCUGCUGUUCUAACUCGCUUGAAGCAAUUCUCUGCAAUGAACAAGCUCAAGAAAAUAGCCAUCAGAGUCAUUGCUGAAAGCCUGUCUGAAGAGGAAAUCGCAGGCCUGAAAGAAAUGUUCAAGAUGAUAGACACAGAUAGCAGUGGACAGAUCACCCUCGAGGAACUGCAAAACGGUUUGGAAAGAGUGGGGGCUAAUGUCAAGGAUGUUGAUAUUUAUGGAUUGAUGCAAUCGGCAGAUUUUGACAACAGUGGUACCAUAGACUAUGGAGAGUUUGUAGCAGCUAUGCUCCAUCUAAACAAGGUCCAGAGGGAGGAUCAUUUGUUUGCAGCCUUCUCAUACUUUGACAAAGAUGGGAGUGGAUACAUCACUGCAGAUGAACUCCAACAGGCCUGUGAGCAGUUUGGCUUGGAAGAUGUUCAACUAGAAGAUAUAAUGCGUGAAGUUGACCAGGAUAAUGAUGGGCGUAUUGAUUAUAGUGAGUUUGUCGCUAUGAUGCAAGACACCGGUUUUGGCAAGAAGGGAUUACAGAAUAGUACGAGUAUUGGAUUCAGGGAAGCCUUUAAAGAUUAAUACCAGAUCCUGGAAUGACAAAUCAACACAAUCGGUAGUUAAUAUACACUUGUUAGCUAAUAUUUGCUCUUUUAUAGCUUUACAGAAUUUGAAAUGCAUACUGUUGUAAAGAGUAGCCAAGCCUCAGAGUUGGAGAAAGUGAGUUUUCUGUUCAAUUUUAGUAUUUUCUUGUUGUAUUUUCCUCUUUACUUUUCUGUUGAUUAUAUUAUAUUGGAAUAGUUGAUUUUUUUUUUUUU